CAUGUCACGAUUGCAUCAGUGUUAUUAAAGGUUUCUCUUUGCUACGAAUGGGUGUGAAACAUCUGGAAGACAUUUGUUCUGUUUGACAGAUUUCUUCAUUCUGCAGUGAAACAUCAGUGUGGGUCUGUCCAACCCUCACAGCGAGUCAGCGACACAUCGCUCUGUGGUCCACGCUCACUAACACCACCACAACGUGGAUUUAAAGCUUUUUUUUUAGUUUAUUAUGGAGCCUAAGGGUGUCUGCUUGGUGCUUUUUAUCUUUCUGCUGGUAAACAACACCGUCCAGCAGAAUCCACCAAAGAAAAGAAACAGCAAGAAAGAGAGUGCAAACAGUGCUGCCAUCGAGGAACUCAAAAAACAGAUUCAAGACAUUGUUCAAGAGGUGAAUCUGUUGAAAGAGAUGCAAGCUUUACAAACAGUUUGUUUGAGAGGCAUCAAGAUCCUUGGCAAGUGUUUUCUUGCUGAUCCAGUGAAGAAGAACUUCCAUACAGCCAGUGAAGACUGCAACGCCAAAGGAGGCAGUCUGAGUACCCCGGCAACAGGAGACGAAAACGACCAGCUCUACAGCUACGUACGCAUGAGCAUCGGCCCCGAAGAGCCUAUCUGGCUCGGCAUCAACGACAUCGUAACUGAAGGCCAGUGGCUGGACCAGUCAGGAUCCAACGUGCGCUUCAAGAACUGGGAGACCGAGAUUACCCUGCAGCCAGACGGAGGGCGCGGUCAGAACUGCGCCAUGCUCUCCACCACAGCUAACGGGAAGUGGUUUGAUGAGAGCUGCCGUGUUGAAAAGGCCUCCGUGUGCGAAUUCAGUAUCGUCUGAGUGCAUGUUCUGCUUUUCCAUCUCUGACAUAAACAGCGCACUGUGCACGUCAAUGCUCACACCAACAGCUGCUUGCAGGGAAAUGUAUAACAUUUGAAUGCUCUCAGGUACAUAUGCAAUGCAUUUCAAAGUCAUGCUACAUUUUUCUCUUAGCAGUUAGCUCACUUUUUGUAGACCAAGCUGUUCAGAAUAUGAUGCUGUAUAAGCUAAACCUUAGGGAACAUGAGAAAUGACACACAGGUGGAGCGAUAAACGCAGAAUUCUCUCCACCAAUGUGCAAGUGAUGGUUGGAUGUUACGUGUUCAUCGACUGCUUGUCUGAAAGUCCCAACACCUCAAUAAGUAGUGGACAUUUCAGUGACAUUUUGGGACGAGAUGGUACUUGUCAGUAAUGUGCACUGCUCAGCUAACAGCUAAUUAGCAAAGGUAGCUUUUUCAUUAGCACUUCAGCUUUUCAGCUAACUUUGAAAGCCAUUAGCAAAGUAGUUAGCUUAUCCUAAAUGUAGUUCUGCUAACUUUGUCAACUUUUUUUUUUUUUUGUUUAAUAGUCAAAAACACUUGCACAUCUUAAUAUGUUUGCUCCAAUUGUUGCUUAUACACUGCUCCAACAAGGGAAAAUGACACAGGUUGUGAAGGGUGCAACAGAGGUCAAGACCGAGUAAAUAAAUGACUUCAGAGUCCCAGCAUCCUGAGUGAUUCUGAUGGCAUUCUGACAUGGACUUGCACGAAGAGUUGAUGUUACCUCAGUUAUUGGGAAAUUAAGGACCUUAUGGAAAGGGAAUAUCGAUUGCACGUAACCUGGCUGUGAUCAGUCCUGGGAUUUUAAAGAAGGGAAAUAAAAAUCGAUAUUUGAAUGCUUUCAGUGACCACAUACAUACUGGUUUGUGUUUCUUUUCCUCGUGUAUGACAAGCAUUUACACCAUUUUUGUUAUUUACAACCAGCAAAUCCAACUGGCACCACUCCAAGCAUGCAGGGAAUGAUGGGACCCUGAAAGGCUCUAUGGAAUCAUCGUUUGUGUCUAGCACACUUAAUGUUUAAGGGUGUUUCAACUAUAAACACUUCAGUAUUUAGAAGUAUACUAUGUGUCAGUUUGUCAUUUCCAUUCAAUGGAAGAUAAGGGCCUAAUCUGAGGAUCUUUGACAUUCCUGGUGGCAGGAAGCUACAGGUGUUAUUAGUCUGUU